CCGCACAUCCACCCACCAGGCACCAUGCAAGACACUCACCGGCCAAUUGUUGACACCCGGAUGCACACUUGUUGAUUGACUGAGGAAGAGAGAGAAAGAAGUGUCACAGUGGGAAAGGGUCCACAUACGCUCACUCUACCUAGCAUCGAAACACAGAAAAAUGAAUGGUAGAAUACCCCGACGGUGUCUGUACACUCAUCUAUCCCACACAUGCCCAACACGUCAUGGCAUCCAAUGCCGGCUGGAUCCGCCCCGCCCUCACAGUGCGACCGGCGUGAGCGUCGCCUGUCUGCGCCCCGCAAGGAGGCAAACGCCUGUCUCGUGACACAGACGUUUGCACCCUCUCAAGACGCGGGCCGACAACACUCCACCCAUCGCAUACCAGCGAGAAACAACAAGCACGUCCACACAGACAGACGAGUGUGCAGCAGCCCCCCUUCCUUUCGCUUCACUCGGACACACGUGCAGGCGAGGACAUGUACAUGUACAGCGACACAAUCGACUGCAGCCCCGUGAACACACUCAUCCGCAGGGACUCCUGGACACCCACCGUUUGCUUGAGCGCAGGGUCCUUGGCUAUCAUCCGGGCCGUCAGGGCGUGGGUCGUGGCCGCGCCGCCGCUCAGCAGCGACAGCAGCAGGAAGAAAUUCACGUCAGAGGGGCCGACGAUGAAGCCGUAGACAGUCGACGCCAAGAUGGCAGAGUUCCAGCCUCUCAGAAAACUGCACACACACACAGACAGACACGUAGGCAGCACAGCGGAUCCUUUCGGUGCUUCGCAGCUCCGUAUUACCUGAAGAGCAACUGCUUCUGCGAGUCGCCGAGGCCCAGUUUGCUGUAGACCUCAUCUGAAGUGGUGUGCUCCUGCUGCUCGACCAGAGCCCCAUGCGCUUCAGCCUGAAAGAAAGAAAACGACACACAGCUGAGUGAAUGCGCCGUGUUGUGUGGCAACUCAAACCACCGGAAAGAUGAAGAAAGCGCUCGAGGAGUAGAAGUUCACGAGCUGUGCGAACCCUGAGUGCAAGGAACACACCGCACUUUCAUGUGUUUCGCCUCGCAGGUGCCAAUGCUGGACGUGCGUCUUCGCCUUACAGAAGAACAGAUCCCUCGCAGGAUGCUCUGAGCUCAAGAUCCACAUGUGAUCCAGCAAUCACGAUCAAAGCUGCAGCAGAUCUCUCAAACGAUGGCUGCACACGCUCCGUGGCUCCGUGGCUGUGUCCUUUUCGUC